AUGGCUCGUCCUUGCACCCAGCUCUUAUCCUCUUCUUUCGUUUCUCAUAUCGAGGCAGUCGCUCUUUCUUCCCCGCGAUCUACACUUUCUUUUACUUUGUUAUAACUCUCGUUGUGACCAGGCUCUUCCCGGGUUCUUGUUCAAUCAUCUGUACAACAUCAUACUGUACCAUUGAACGAACAAGCAUCCAGUCCUUCCUUUCAAGCCUGUGCCAACAUUGUAUCAUAACAUAAUCCCUUUCUACCUACCUACCUACGUCGAGGACAGCAUCGCUCUCUUGUGUGUUUUGACGGCUACCAGCAUAUCAUAUCUGCAAUCUAUAUGUACAGCUAGACACCAGCGAAAACUCCUGAGACGACCCUGCCAAUCAUUGGACCAACAUUUUCAUUUGUACCGACUUUGUACCACAACCAAGCCGACUUGGUGAUAUCGACCACUCUUUGGGAACAGAGCCCAGAAGAAAGUUCAGAGGCCAGCACAAGAGACACCAGUCAUCAGACAUGGAAACCCCAUACCCAAUGGCUGCUCAGCAGAUUCAAUUCUACCAGUACCGGCCAGACUCGGACGCACGGCAUAACGCUGUGUUCACGCCUAUGCCGAGCGAGCAACCGGUCUUCAGCCCCAUGGCUGGAUACCCUCCUCCGUUCAUGGCACCUCAAUACUGGCAAGCGCCUCCUCACUUCACGCACGCCCAUAUCAUGCCACAGCAGAUGAUCCAUCCUCCCAGGCCAUCACCGCCUCUGACGCUGGCCAUGCCUAUGCCCAAGUUUAUGCUGGAGAGCCAUGGCCGCAUGGAGCAUGGAAGGUAUUUGGAGAGCAGGCACUCUUCACCUCCCACUCCAUGCUUGUCAGCCUGCCCCAGCACGGCCAGCAGCCCACCAGCCAGCAGUGUCAACCAGACGCCGGUGCACGGCCCUGGCUACUUCAACCUUCCCAUCGAGGCCUCCAAGGAGGAGUAUCACCCUCUGCAGUAUGUGGACGAGUGGUCGGAGAACGGACAAGUGCACAUUUUCCCGCAUCCCGGUGAUGCCAAGCUCCUGCCCAGCAACUCCUUCCCCAGUGGCUGCACUUCGCCAUCUCUUACCCCUGCCACUCCUCAAUCUCAGGUCUCGCCUACAAGUGCAUAUCCUGUCGCCGAAUUUGUCAACCUGCGAGAAUUGACCUCUACCUCAUUCGAGCCCGUCCUGUCGGCGCCCGUCCAGAGCUUUCCUCCUUUGCCUACUUUGUCCGCCGAAGACGACGAACACAAGUUUGCCUUGGCCCACACUUCGUUUCCCGUGACGCCUGAGCACGAUUCGGCCGAUCCAUUCACACUGUCCGAGAACCCCACCUUCGAGUCUUCGUUCUGCUCUGAACUCGACUCCGAAGACGAUUUCGGCUUUGUGAACUUCACCGACGCUGAGAUCAUCUACAGCGGAGACAAGAGACAGAAGUUGUCUGUGAACGAAGAGGAGGACUUCCUGAGCGUACACAGCUUCGGCAGCUUUGAUGAGGACGCCCACGUCGGCUUGCCAUCUCCUCCUGCGUCCUCAUUCUCCGACUCGGGUUCCUGCUGCGCCAGCACGAAGAAGACUCAUCGCAGCAUGAAGCGCAACAACUCGACCGACAGUGACUUCACUUUCCAUCAAAUGGCCGACUCGGAUGCCCCCAUGAACAACGAGGGUGAGGGUCAAUCCUCCUCGACUGCCUCUCAUGGGCAACCUAGCUCUGCCGAUGACAACGCAGCCUCAGUGAACGCAGAUGGCUCGUCGCAACACACCUCAACCAACCGCCGCGGACGCAAGCAAUCCUUGACCGAAGAUCCCUCCAAGACUUUUGUCUGCACACUCUGCUCCCGUCGGUUCCGUCGUCAGGAGCACCUCAAGCGUCACUACCGCUCUCUCCACACUCAAGACAAGCCAUUCGAGUGCAACGAGUGUGGCAAGAAGUUCUCUCGCUCCGACAACCUUGCUCAACAUGCCCGCACCCACGGCAGCGGUGCCAUCGUCAUGGGCGUCCUCGAGAACGGCGAGCUUCAACCUCAUCAACCUUACGAUGAAGAGAUGGGCCACGUGCUCUUUGAGGCUGCUCAACGAGCCGCUCUUGCCACUUCGUCCAGCAGCAGCGGCUCUGAGUCUUCGUCGUCUGGGGAAAGCAAGCGUGCCAUGAAAAAGCGAAAGCGAGACGAAUCCCUGUAAAUAACAGAUUUGAUAUUGACGAACCCCACAAGAUCAUGACAACAAAACCCAAAAUCACCAGCGAAACCACGACGACGAAAUGAUCAUUAUGAUGUUUACCAAGACCGAUUGAAUCUUCUUUUGCAGGGACCACCUCGCUUUCACACGAAGAUGGAGUCAAAGCAAGACGGCACAGCGUAGGAGCUCAAGACUGUAUGCGUAUCCCGGGGAAAAGUGCAUUAGAACCUUUGUAAACCACCCUUCGACCAACCUGUAUUCUACGACCUUUUAUUAUGGCAGGGCUGUUGUGAGCAAAGUGGGACAGAGAGUAUUGCUGGUUGAGACUGCACAGAGGAGAGGCGAGGGAUUCGAGAGCAAUGACUUUUUCCUUCCAAGCUCUUUUUCUUUCUCUUUUACAACUUUUAUUUCUCGUCAAGAUGGGCUUCGAGUUCUGGCUGUGGUGAGAGAGGAUCGAAGGGGAGAUUUCUCAGCAGGAUUGCUACUACAGCACAUUGCAAGCCAUUGCUUUGUAUGUAAAACCCCCAACUGUACUAUUAGAAUCGAUAUGAUUUUGCAUUCUA